GUACUCUGUGAAGUCACAGUUAUUCAAUAGGACGUCUUUACUUUCUAUAAAUUUUUAACAAUAAUCAAGAGAAAUUUCGUAAAAAUGUUCUAUAAAAAUAUCUGCUAAUAAUUUGAAAAUAUUAUAAAAUCUCUCUUUAAAUAUAUAAUUGUACAUAAUAUUGUUAUUUGCCUAAGAUAUUAAUUUUUUGUCGUCUAUCAGUGGAAUAACUGAAUAAAAUGGACUUGAGCGUUUGGGCAUCGAUCGGUUAAUACUAGGCUUCGAGCAGCGAUCUAAUAAUUUGCCUGAAGAUGUCUUGUUUAGAGGUGAAACCACAUGUCGCAAAACUUGCAAGAACAAAAUGGCAGUCGGAAAAUGAUGGCUAAUAUGGAAGUGGACGAUGUGAUAUCGGGCUUAUUCCAAAAAGAAUCCAUGGAGCAGCCUUCAGACAGGAGGAAGCUUGAAGAACAAGAUAUGGAGCUACCUAAAUGGUUCGACGAGAAGAAAUUCAAUAAGGGACGCCGUUUCUUUUGGGACUUCAGCUUCAGUCUGGCUACUUCGAUGAUGUUUGGUCUGAUCGCUGUGAUCUCGGUGCCGUCUAUACUGAAAAUUCUGGUCAGCACACGCCGUUCCAAUUCUGUGUUUACCGCAUACCGGCGGUAUUUAUCCACACUACUGCACGUUACAAGUUGGUUUGAAAAUGAGCUAAAACCUGGCAGUAUUUCAUGGAAGUCUCUACAUGCGGUUAGAAAGCGUCAUUUUAACGCAGGUCUUGCAUCCAAAACGAAAGGCCUCGGCGUAGUGUCCCAAAGAGAUAUGGCCUUAACGUUGUUCGGAUUUAUAGGCUACUCUAUAUUGAUGCCAGAAAAAUUUGGCGUGAUGCAGUUACGGCCUGAUGAUUGGGAAUCGUAUAAUCAUCUGUGGAGCGUUAUAGGUCAUAUGAUUGGCCUAGAAGAUAGAUACAAUAUAUGCCGUAAAACACCAGAAGAAACUCGCCAAAUAUGCCAAAUAUUAUUGGAUAGAGUAUACACUCCAUCCAUGGAGAACGUGCCGGAGCACUUCGAACACGCAGCCCGGGUACUUCUGGACGGGCUGUCGAGCGUCAACCCGACCGUGGAAAUAGACGCCACCCUGUUCUGGUGUCGACGUUUGUCCAAUGUACCUGGCUAUGUAUACACUGAGGAGGAACGUGUCAAGAUACAAGAGAAAUUACGGAAACAUUUAAAGGGCAAGAAUCCUGAUACAGGUGUCGAUUCGAGACUUCUAAUUGAAAAGCCACUUCUGGACGACCUCCCAGAUCGACCACCGCGUCUGCUGUAUCUUCACGAUUAUGACACAUUAGACCAGGUCCCCGCCUACAGAACACUGAGCCUUAAAGGCAAGUUCAAGCUAGCUCUCGGCUACAUCGGUAAUAAUUUCUACAGUACGUUCAUAGGCCGAGCUUAUUUCAACUGGAAUCAUUGGUUCAGUUUGUAUCUCAUGAAAUAUUUUCCUUACAUUGCAUUCUUUCGGUUUGGCAUCAAAAAGUCGAUAGUUAAUAUUUUUGAAGAGGAUCCCAUUGAUGAUACUGAGCCGAAGCCUAAUGCGGAAUAUAAUAAACCACGGGACCCUCUACCGUGGUAUAGAGAUUGGUUAUCUUUAUUGUGGUAACGUUAAUUUUUUUAAAUGUUGUUAUUUUAUUAGUAUUAAGUUGACAGUUCAAUUAAUGUACAUAAAAUUUACAUUAAUUAUUGACAUAUCAUAAUUAUAUUUGUAACGGAUAAAUUCAGCUUUCCUUGGAAGAACUGAAUUUAUAUUCAAAGAAAUGUUAAAAAAUAUAUGUAUUUUCAUAUAUUGAUUGAUCCACGUGCCUUACACAGUUAAGUGUACAGUUUCAUAAAUACUAAGAAUUGUUAUAAAAUUUAAAUAAUCCGUUAUACUUUUGGCGCAAAGAAAAGAAAUAAAUAAAAAAAGAAUAUGUAAUCUCUACUCUUUUUAAGUACUUGUUUAUGAUCUUUCGACAAAUUUAGAUAAUAAAAAUAUGUAGCUGUUAGCUAAUAUAACUAUAAUUUAAACAUGAAACGAUAAUAAUUUUGAAUUAAUUAUUUAUAUAAUGAAUAAUAAGUUAAUUAUCCAUAACAUGUCGUUAAAUAAACUAAUAACACUAGAACUAAAUAACAUGUCGAGCUCAAAAAUAAUAUAAUGUUAACGAAAUCUCUAUUAGGUAUUUAGUCUGUGGUUAUUACAACUUUGUAUAACACUUUUGAUUUAGGAAGGUUUAUAAUUGCAAAUUUAUUUGUAUUUAAGUUUUGUAGCAAUUUGACAACCUUUGAUACUGCAAUGUAUGGGGUGAUAAAAUUUUAUUUAGUUACUAAGUGUAGAUUAAAUAUAAAAUCAAUGUAACAUUGAUGGACGUAUUUGAGUAAAGCCACUUUGGUGGCGUAAGUAUAUAUAUAAUGUUUGUUUCAAUAGAACAAUAAAAUUGUAACAUAAAUUUUAUUGAGGUUGAAAUCAUAAUUUUUUUUAUUUGUACAACUAUUGGACAAACGGCUGUUUUAUGGCCAGAUCAAUUAUGGCUUUGUUUACAUUUUAAUUAAGUUUUGUCGUAACAGUCUAUUUUUUAUUUAUUUUAAUAAAUUUAUAUUGUAUAUUAUAAUUAUGAUGAAUGAGGACAAUAAAUUUUACUUUUUAUAAUA